AAAUUUACAUAAAACCAGUACUAAGGUCGACAGAAGUGACAGAAGAGGAUAUUUCCUGAUUUCUGUUUACUGAAUCCUCUUGAAAUACAUCGGAAAUAUAUAGAUACAUAGGUCCUGGGGAUCUUUGUGUAAGAUGUCACCAGUGCCAGAUGAGGACCCAGAUAAGCAAGAUUUUGAGGACAUUGAGGACAUGGAUACUCCAAACUUGGUGAUACCAGCUGUCAUAGAGAACAGUGAGGACGAGGAUGAGGACACUGUCCCCCAGGGAUACCAGCCUCUGUCUCAGGGACCAGAGGACAUGAAUGGAAACAACUUUGAUGAAGAUUCUGACGAUGACUCCGGAAUGUCAGAAGGAGAGGAAACUGGUGGUCAGAAUGUUGCCAUGGCUUCUGGAAUAGUACCAAGUGGACUCUAUCCAAACUUUCCUGAUGGAGACCUUCCAUCAUAUUUGCAGGUACCUGAUCUUCCACGACCAGACAAGAGAGAGAUGUUGUGGAACCAGCCACGACACACCAGUGCUGAUGGAAUGGAUUCAGGUCAAGCAGCUGCUGUUAAGAAUGCAAUGAAGGGAUUUGAACUUCCUGGAUGUAGCAUACCUGACUGGGCCAAAAAUGUAUCCGAGGACAAAUGGAAAGAGCAGCUCCUGUCUCGCCUGUCAACAGGUGGCCCACGAGACAACAUCUUCUCAGCAUCUCUUGCUUCCAGCAGUGAGAUGUCAUCACAGAGCUCUGAAAGCAGCCUCAGUGAAGCAGAGAAGGAAAUUGGCUGAGAACAAGCCAAAGUCUUGUUAAAUGAAGGGAUAAUGUGCGUGAAUCUGAAAGAAACUGUUCAUGGUAAAGUUUGUCCAAAUCCUAUUCAGCAAAAGGCCAGUCACUUUCAACUCAUUCACUCACUCUGUAACCACUUUCUCGAAAUAAGAUGAUGAAUGUUAAAUUUAGAAUGGCAAUAUUGGGUAUUUGAAUAUCCCACCACACAUUUUAUAUUUUUUUUAGAGAAACAAAUACAUUAGCUGAGGCAGAAAAUGAAAAAAUAUUGUAACGCCUCUGGCACCAUCAAACAACCUGUAGUGGCGUACAAAGAAUGGGUGUUUGUAUUCUUGCAGUACAUCUAUGUGAGGUAGGGCAGAGCCCCUCAGACACUACCAGGGGAAGGCAGCAAAGUCAGUCUGACACUUGGCCAGGAGAUGGGCUCCCUUUCAACAAUAUUUUACAAAUAUGAUGUACAUAACAACAUUUAUGUUGAAACGGUAUUGAUGUAUUUGGAGACAUUUGUCCUUUUCAAUCAUCAAGUCAGUUCUCAUCUUUAACCUUCCAUUGUUUUCAGUUUCUUUCUUAUUGUUUCAUAUUUAACACCUCUGUAAUGAAACUUUGUGAAGUGGCUUCAUGGGAAGAAAAGAAUUUGUCACAGAAGAUCUACCUGUGGCUCUGAAACUUGCAUGUAGUUCACCAUUCACUUAAGUUUGGGGAAAGGCACUACCACAAAGGAACCAUAUUUUAGGUGUUUUUAAUUUAAAGAGGACAAAGCUGUUCUUAAGUCUGUGAUAUUAUGUUUAGAGGGCCAUUUAUGUCUGAAUUGAGUAUGUAGAUUUGUGGAUUGUCAUACGGGAGGGAUUCAGUGUGUACAUUUGUAAAUAUUCUAUCAUUGUAUUAUGAAAUAAAAACAAUGCAAAACGUU